UCGGAGGGUAUAAAGGCCAGGUGGAGGGUGCCCAGCCACAGCAAGAGUCCCUGGUGCAGACUGUCCCAGUGGGAGUCGGGAGGCCUCUCCUCUUCCCCCCAGAGCCCCAGACGCGCCACAGGCCAUGCUGCUGCUGCUGACAAUCGCACUCCUGGGGAGCCGCCCCUGCUGGGCCGCCCAGCAGUACGGGCACGGCGGAGGCACCUCUUUCAGCACCUCUGGGAGCCAAAAUGGUGAAAUCACAGGGCUGCGGGUGUUCAUCGGUGUCCUUCACAAUAUCAGAGGUAUCCAGGUGAAAUUUGGAGACAUCUGGGAUGAUCGUCGUGGUGCCUCGGGUGGGACGAGCCAGGAGCUCCUCCUGUGGCCGGGAGAACACAUCACCGAGAUCCACGGCGCAUUCAACCUGCUAAUCCACUACCUGGCCGUGUGCACCGACAUGAGAGGCUGCAUCUCCUUUGGGAAGAACGCUGGCAAGCAGUUCUCUGCCUUCCCCAGCCAAGAGGGACAGGUGCUCACGGGCAUCUUUGGCCAGUACGGACUCUUUGGCCUCAAGGGGAUCGGCUUUAACUGGGAUUUCCCAAAAGCGGACAGUGGCCUGGCAGCGGAGGACACCACUGAGUCGGUGGAGGACAGCACCCAGUCAGUGGAGGACAGCACCGAGUCGGUGGAGGACAGCGCCCUGGCAGAGGAGGACAGCGCCGCGGCAGCAGAUGACGCCCUCAUUUGGCAAUAGUUACUGCAAGGUGACAAAUGCUGCAGCCAGCUGGGGUGUGGUGGGCUAACAGUCCUGGGGUAACGGUGACGCUGAAUCUGACGUCACCAAUCAAUAAAGCUUCUGCAGGGA